AUGGAUUUGCGCGCGACUAUCCAAUCCACUCUGUCAGCCGACACAGGCAUCCGAUCCCAGGCUGAGAUUGCCCUCAAGGGAGCUGAGCAACAUCCUGGCUUCAUUGGAGCACUGCUAGAUAUUCUGCAGUCGGAGCAGGAUCCUGGGAUCCGCUUGUCCACCGCUGUCUACCUCAAGAAUCGAAUAUCGCGGGGAUGGGCUACCGAGAACACUCCUCACCAACCAGUCUCCGAACCUGAGCGAAAACCUUUCAGAGAUCGUCUUCUCCCUGUGUUAUCGACUUCUCCUCCCUUGAUUCGAGCCCAGCUCGUCCCAAUCCUUCAGACCAUCCUUCAGUACGACUUCCCUACAAAAUGGCCCGAAUUGAUGGAUAUUACGCUUCAAUUGAUGAACACCCAAGACGCCCAUUCUGUUUAUGCCGGCCUGCAGUGUUUGCUCGCUGUUUGCCGCACAUAUCGGUUUCGGGCGGGAGAAGAGAGGGCAAACCUGGACAAAGUUGUCAAUGUCGCAUUUCCUACUUUGUUGGGCAUUGGAAACGAGCUAGUCAAUGAAACCAGCCUGGAAGCGGGCGAGAUGUUGAGGAUCUGCGUAAAAUGCUACAAGCAUGCGGUUUACUAUGGUCUGCCACAGCCUCUCCAGACGCAUCAGGCGACGGUGGACUGGUGUACGUUGUUCUUGACUAUCAUCGCCAAAGAGCCUCCGGAAUGUGCCAUGGCCGAAGAUCCUGAAGAUCGGGAGCGCAAUCACUGGUGGAAAGCACGAAAAUGGUCCUACGCAAAUUUGAACAGGCUUUUUGUGAGAUAUGGGAACCCGUCAGGCCUUUCUUCUUCCCAGGAGAAAGAGUUGGGAGAAUUCCCCAAAAACUUUAUCACGAAUUUUGCCCCGGAGAUUCUGAAGGGUUAUCUGGGGGAAAUUGAAAAAUGGGUCGGUGGAAACCACUGGCUAAGCAAGCCGUCUCUGUCGUAUACGUUGAUCUUUUUGGAAGAAUGCGUAAAGCCCAAAGCAAUGUGGGACAAGCUCAAGCCGCACAUGGACGGUCUCAUUCGGCAUCUGAUUUUCCCAGUCCUCUGUCAAACAGACGAAGAUAUGGAACUGUUCACGGAUAAUCCUCAGGAUUAUCUACACCGAAAACUCAACUUGUACGAAGAAGUCUCUGCGCCAGACAUGGCAGCAACCAAUUUCUUGAUCGCGUUGACAAAGUCUCGGAAACAACAAACUUAUGUCAUCCUCUCAUACGUGAAUGAGGUGGUCACACGUUACGAAUCAGCCCCUGACGACCAAAAGAACCCGCGAGAGAAAGAGGGUGCUCUGAGAAUGAUUGGUUCGCUUGCAUCGGUCAUAUUGGGCAAGAAGAGUCCAAUUGCUGAUCAGGUCGAAUACUUCUUUGUACGACAUGUCUUCCCCGAAUUCAGAUCUCCACAUGGCUUCCUCCGAGCGAGAGCCUGUGAGACGAUGGAGAAAUUCGAACAAUUAGACUUUAAGGACCAGAACAAUCUUAUGACCAUCUAUCGAAACAUCCUCGAGUCCAUGGCGGACCCGGAAUUACCGGUCAAAGUCAUGGCUUCAUUGGCAUUGCAACCCCUAAUUCGGCAUGAUGCAAUUCGAAUUGCAAUGCAGUCCAACAUUCCCCAAAUCAUGCACCAGCUCCUGAAGUUGAUGAAUGAGGUUGACGUCGACGCCCUUUCCAACGUGAUGGAAGACUUUGUGGAAGUCUUUGCUGAGCAGCUUACACCCUUCGCCGUUGCCUUGAGCGAAAAUCUUAGAGACACGUAUCUCCGAAUCAUCAAAGAAAUAUUGGAGAGGAAUGAGGCCAAAGCAAAUGAAAAUGGUGAGCCCGGAUACGGAGACUAUCUCGAUGACAAGGCCAUUGCUGCCUUAGGAGUCUUGCAGACGAUCGGAACCCUGAUUCUCACCCUGGAAGCGACCCCGGAUGUUCUUCUCCUGUUGGAAACGAUUCUCAUGCCGGUCAUUACCAUCACACUCGAAAACAAGCUCUACGAUCUCUACAACGAAGUCUUUGAAAUUAUUGAUUCGUGUACUUUUGCUUCCAAAUCGAUCUCCGACACCAUGUGGCAAGCCUUUGAGCUCAUGCACAAAACUUUCAAGGAUGGCGCUGAAUUAUACCUCGAAGAUAUGCUUCCCGCCCUGGACAAUUUCGUCUCUUACGGUCAGCAACGAUUGAUUGAUCAUCCACCCUACCUGGCUGCGAUAGCCGGUAUGGUUCGUGAUAUCUUUGCUGACCCCAAGGUCGGAGGUGUUGAUCGUAUUUGUGGUUGCAAGCUGGCAGAGGCGAUGAUGCUGAAUCUUCGAGGUGGCCCCAUUGACAGCUACAUCCCAACAUUUGUGACUCUCCCCAUGGAAGUGCUAACCAGUCCUCAACAAAAGACAAUCAUGAAAAGCUACAAAAUUCACCUGGUGGAAAUGGUUAUUAACGCCAUCUACUACAACCCUAUUCUAGCUCUACAAGUCCUGGAAUCACAUGCGUGGACUAACAAGUUCUUCUCGAUUUGGUUUGGCAGCAUUGACUCUUUCCGCCGUGUUCAUGACAAGAAGCUCUGUAUCGCUGCAAUUUCUGCGCUCCUCACCAUCCGUGCGGACCAAGUCCCUCAAUCUGUACAGACCGGCUGGCCACGUCUUCUCACCGGAGCAACUUAUCUCUUCCGCACCCUCCCUGCCGCCAUCAAACAGCGCGAGGAAGCCGUGAAAGCAUCCGAUGGGGUCUCGGAUACGCUCUCAGAAUAUGCUUCAGAUGACGAAGCCGAAGAUUGGACUGAUGAACCCGCCGGCGAAGGCGCACAAGGACAAGAAUGGGGUAAUGUUAACGCCGCGUCCGUGCCAGACACCAAAGGUGAUAUCAAGGAUGAAUCCCAAGCGUAUCUCGAUUUCCUCAGUGAGGAGGCGAAAAAAUUCGGCGCCCUUGCAGAUGACGACGACGACAGCAUCCUCGACGAAGACAGUCUGCUCGAGAGCCCGUUGGAUAAAUUCGACCCCUACGCCGCGUUUAAAGAGUCGCUUGGCAAACUUCAGGUCGAACAGCCUCAGUUGUAUCAAAACCUCACCUCAAUUCUGGAAACUGGGGAUCGUGAGGUAUUGCAGAGCGUCGUCAACCAUGCAGCACAGGUCCAGGCACAGGCGCAGGCGACGACUUAA